AUGGCUGAUAAACCCCAAAUUGAUUUCAAAGUCCGCGAAUUGGUGGAGCGGUGCUUGUGCCCUGUGCAAUUUCCAAUGAUACGCGUGGCUGAAGGCAAAUAUCGAAUUGGAGACACGAAGGUCAUGAUCUACGUUCGUAUUUUGCGUAGCCAUGUAAUGGUGCGUGUUGGCGGUGGCUGGGACACCUUGGAGCACUACUUGGACAAGCAUGACCCAUGCCGGUGUCGCCUGGGUCACAGAGGCACCAUGUCAAGCAAGGUCUUUAUGAAGCAGAGUCUCAAGGACGGCAGUCUCAAUCCGUCUCUUGUCAGCUACGAAAGGUCGGAAUCGCCGGGUUUUGUGAGGAAGCCAUCAGCCCAACAAGCCAACAACAACAGCAGCAGCAACAGCAAUAAGCCUCAGACCCCUACACCGGCACCGGGGGCAACCCUGCUGUCCACUCCGCCCACCCACAGGCGCUCUGUGUCUCCGCGCAGGAAUCAAUACGAUCCUGCGACUGCUGACGCCCUCAAGGGAGCAACAGCCAGAAUAUCAAGGUCAUCAGCAGCACAGAGCCCAUCUCGCAGCAGGGAUUCCAGCCUGACCAGGACACCACCCACCAGCAGCCCCGGUGUGAGCCGUGCCUUCACCCGGCCGGAAAAACCCGGGAUUUUCUCUCAUCAGUCUGACGAAAACCAGAAUGAAAAGAACAGCAGCAGGAAAUCUUCACUCACGGAUUCCAAUCAGGGGAUUUUCAGUGUGCCUGCCAUCGUUACAGACACCCAGGACAGUGACACCACUGAUUCAGGACUGGAUGUUCCAAAAAAUCGCCCAGAGAGCAGAAUGACACAGGCGUCAUCUGAGUGCAGUUCAACAGUAUCGACGGAUGACCUACCCUCACCAGAUGUCACCACCGAUGCCACAGCUUUACAUCCAUUGAGCAAAUCAGACAACAAGGUUCGCUCUGCAUCAGUGUCAUCUAUUGGCAAAAGUGGGAACAAGAAGUCUCGCAUCCCUGUCUUGACAGCAGAUGCUUUUACUCCUAAAAGCUUGAGGAGUGUCUCAACAGCAAGUCCUUUAUCAGCUGUCAGGACAAACUAUGCCCUGAUGAACUCAUCUUCAGCAUCCAAUGUUCUGAAUGGAGGUAACAACAAAGAACACAUGAUGAGCAAAGGAGGCAAAAGUUCCAGAGCUGCAAAUGCAAGGGGAAGAAGAAGUUCAGUGGACAACAGUGUCUUUGAGACAAGAGGAACUGAAUCCUUUGGAAGGGCCUCAGGGAGAAAGCUUUUGGCAGAGAUGGACCCCGAAUUCCGGACACGAUCCACAUCAGUGUCCUCAAAUCGAAGUCGGACUUCAGCAGGUGCCAGGAGUCCAGCAGUGCAACGCAAGUUCACUCAGGCCAAACAGCCAGUUUCUCCACUCGCAGCAACAGUACCUCAGCCAAAAGACAAGUCCAGUCUGAAGCAAAUGCUGGAUGACAUCAGUGUGGACAAUGAUGAGGCCAUCUUGGCCCAGAUGAAGGCCAUUUUGCAACAGUAUGAAGCCAGGAUUACUCAGAAGUUGGCUGAGGAAGGGAGAGACCUGGCCAAGGAGCUUGGAGAUUUAAACCAUGGCCCUGAGACCAACAACUCUGGUUCCUCUAGGGACAUCCUUGGAAACAGCACUGAAGAACCAGAAGAUGCCCAGAUGGCCCUUCCAGACACAAUGUUGGAGAACAAUAAGGGCUCAGAGAGUUACACAGAAAAAUGGCUGUUGGAGAACCACAUUCACCCUGGAACCAGAAAGUCUUCCAUGUGCCAAAUCCCUGUGAAUGCGUUCCUUGGGGAGUCUUCUGAUGAGACCUUUCCUUAAAAAAACACACAAAUAAUUUUACCCCCCAAAAAACUCGGUGUUUGUGGCUCAACAAGUGUGUUUUUUUUUAAAGAAUGGAAACGCUGUCUCUUUUGUGCUGUGAUGGCGAAAAUGUGGUGCUAACCUUGUGUUUGAAAAUUGGCGCUAACGAUAUCCGGUUGUAAACAAAUCAUUUGGCUCCGAUUUUCAGAAGAUUGAUGUGAGAGAAAAAUUACUCAAAUUCGACUGCACUCUUUUAUCUUGCUCCUCUCUAAAAAAAACAAUCACUUUUUCAGGCACUGUUUUUAGAGCAGCAGUUGAAAACUAAAACCGUUUUUUGCGGCAUUAUUUGAAAAAAUAAAAAAUAAAAUAAACUAAUAAUUUCAUCGUUGAGAGGAUUUUAAAGUGAUUUCUUCUGAUACGACGUGCAAGUGGUGAAAGUUGUUCCCUUCUGCUUCAAAAAUGGUUUGAGCCGAACUUUUCUUGUGGUGUGGCUUUAGAAUGGCCGCAAUGAAUUUCAAAGAAAAAGCACGAAAGUCGAUUUGACCCUCAGUUCGCGCUUCAGAGGAGACAAUUUUUUUUAUCAAAUAAAAUGAAAAUCAAUUCCCGUA